UGGAUUCUCCUAUGCGUUUCAGACAUUGGUAGUAUGGUGGGUAAGAAGAUCAAAAAGAACAUGACCAAAGUGAGAUGUAGGAAUUGGAAAGGAAGUGGGAAAGUUUCCUACGCAGAUAUCAGCAGCCUAGAGUCCCACUUUAAUAAGGGAGAACUGUUCCCAUUUAUAUCUGCUACUGGGAACAAUGAUGUGGUUGAUAGCACUGAGUUCUAUAGGGAAGAUGAGAAGAUAGAUGAAAGAAUUGGUCGCAUUGUUACUCUUCUCAAUGCCAAACAAGAUUGGACAGAUUUCGUAUGGGAAGUCGAGGCUUUGCCUCCAACUUUAGAGCUUUCUGAUUCAGAGACUGAUGGAGAGAAUGUUGAAGUCGAAGAUGUCACAUAUACUCAUGUUGACGAACCGGCUGUUGUUGCAAGAAGGGAAAAGCGUAAGCUAAAUGAUCCUGGUGCAGAGGCUCGAAAGAAAGAACUGCUUUGUCAACGGGCAGCUGAACAUAACAGUGGUAUCUCCAGUGGAAUGAAGACUUUCAUUGAAGGUUUGUUCACCUCUGCUUUCAACUCUUUCAAGGACGUGGUGCAGAAUGACAUCCAAGAGCGUUUUGAGAAGGUCCAGAAAGAGAUGGCUGAGCUCAAGCAAGCGGUGUCACAGAUUCCGGGUCCUUCUGCUACAAUGGGAAAAGACAGAGCAUCUGAGAUUCCAUGUCCUUCAGCAACGAUGGGGAAAUCAUCACAGAGUCCGUGUCUUGCAGGAACAAAGGAAAAAGGCAAAGGCAAGGUUGAUGAGAGUGUGGUUCCUCCUACGGUUCGUCGUAGCCCUCGGCAAGGAAGAAAGGUAACCAUAAAAUGAAGCUUUGUAAUAUGUCGGACUGUCUUUUGUUGUAAUUUUCUCUUAACUCUUUUGUAAUGUCAUUGUUGUUUACUUGUAAUAUCGGCUUGUUGGAAAUCGGCUUGUAAUGUAUUUUGGUGUUUGCUAUGAACUGAACUUAUGACUAUGACAUGUUUUCUCUGUAAUGUCAUAGUCUCUCGACUCUUUUAAUGUCAUUGUCUCUCGACUCUUUUGUUCUGUCCUUGAUGACAGUUUUGGCUAAUAAUGUUGUGUUUCGUUUCAUUAACAGGAGAUUGAAACUGAAACUGAUGAUAUGAUGGAUUUUUUGAAGAAUUUGUCACAAUCAUCUACCCAUGGGGAACCUUCAUCAAUAAAAGAAGAAAUGAGCACCCAAGAGUAUUUACAAGACGCCAUGGGGAACCUUUCUCAAGUAUCACAUGUUAAAGGUUUCGAUCCCUCACAAAAAACGAGUGAUGAAGAAGCACCUAAGUGGGUUACUCCAGUAUCAUCCUUCAAGCCUGUAGAUUGGAGAACACCCACUCUCAAAGAUAUGGAAUUACCUGACGACCGGGUGAACGACGAUGAUUACUCAUUAGUGUUUGUCCAUGAGGAUUCAUGGGCUAAACUGAUUCAUUGGUGCUCAACUACCAAACAGUAAGUCUAUGCGUUCCCUCUAUGUUAUAAAUUCAACAAAUUUUUAAUUAAAUGUUGCAUCGCAGGCACCUUAAAAUUGGACCUUCUAUGUACAUAACUGAGUUAGGAGAAUGUGUUAUGGGACCUGCAGUGUGGCUGCAAAAUCAAGUAUGAUUUACAUUACUUUGCACGCCUACUUACUGUUCUUCGUCUUUAACAUCACAUCAACUCACUCUGUUUGUAUCAUAUUGUAUAGGAAAUUGAUGCUGUGCUCUUCUUAUUUCGCGAGAGGACUUCUUUGAGACGAUGGAAGCCGUCCAAAGUAGCUUUCAUGAGCUGCAUAUUCAGUAAUCAAAUGAAGAAUUCUUACACUGAGUUCAAGAAAGACAAAAAAAAAUUCAGGGUAGAAGGACUGCUCCAUCAGUACGGAAUUGGUGAACUUCCUUCACACGGCCGAACAAGACUAAUGUGGGAUCUUGAUGUCAAUCGUAUGUAUGUGCCUCUUCUUGUGCACGGUAACCACUGGAUCUCUAUGUGUGUCAACUUUGUUACUCGUUCCAUAGAAGUUUUUGACUGUGCGGGACUGAAACACAACAAGGACUUGGAGCCAUUUGCACAUCUCAUCCCAAGAAUUGUCAAAGCUGUGCAGUCUUCAGAGAAGAGGAGAUUUACCGUUAAGCCCUAUGAUGUCACUUACUCUCCAAUGCCCUGCUUCCUAAACAAGACUAGCAGCGAUUGUGGAGUAUAUGCGUUGAAGCACAUUGAAGCACAUCUUCUAGGCAUGGACUUAACGUUGGUGAAUGACGACAACAUUCGUGAAGCUCGCCAGAAGAUUGCUUAUGACCUAUGGGAAGCUGCUAAUGAUCCUGAGCUUAUUUCGAGAAUGGGAAAGUACGUUCCUCCGAAGGCUAUAGCUUCUCCUACGGUUGAGAUUUUAUAAUGCUAUUUUCACUAUGUCUUGUUUACCAAGUAGGUCGAUAUUGACUUUUUUAGUUACUCUUAUAUGACUCGUAACUAGCAUUGGUUUGCAUCUCUUAUUUAGCAUUUGAAUCUAUUAUUUACCAUUGCAUUUGAGUCUUUUAUUUAGCAUUGCAUUUGAGUCUUUUAGUGAAUUACAUACACUAUAACAAACAAAGGGAUACAUGAUAUGAAUCUAAAUGGUCUUAUUUGACUCUCGUACUAAACAAAAAAUUUUAAAAUAAAAAUGGAGAUGGGGGGAAUCGAACAAUUCACUUGAGGCCUUUAAAUGUCCAACAUAGACCACUGGACUACUUGAAACUAUUGAUAUUACCGGCAACAUAUGAACCUAAAUAGUCUAAUUCAAGGCUAUUUUAGGAGAAAAAACGGUUUUUAAUAAAAAUGGAGAUAGGGGGCAUCGAACACUUCACCUAGGAUAUUUAUACGUACAACAUAAACCACUGUACUACUUGAAACUAUUGACAUUAGUGGCUGAUUACAUAAUUAAAUAAAGUAAAUCUUACCAAAGCCAUACAACAUAUCAACCCCUAACGAUACCCUAAAUGAAUCUAAACUAACCCAUACAACAUAUCAACCCCUAAAGAUACCC